AUGGCUGCUUCCAAUGAUAUCAAUCACACUUUCUCCAGCGCAGAUGAAUCUGUUCACGACUGUGUCGAGGCACUGCAGAAAGACAAAGAUCUGGUUGAAAUCAACGACGAAAUCGACCUUCACCUCGAAGCUGCGGCUAUCACUCGUCUGGUCUAUGAGACCGACGACAAAGCUCCCCUGCUCAGCAACACGAAGGGCAGGGGCAAAGAAAGGGUCUAUUUCGCAGCUUUGGGGCUCAAGGCUGCGUGCGAGCUUCAAGUCGUGACCGUGGUCGUCUCGCGCGCCAUCUUCAAGGUGUUCCUUAUCGACCCUUUCAUUGUGACUACCGGCCCCGUGAAGCAGAACUCUCUCCUCGGCGACGAAAUCGAUCUGAAUGCCCUGCCUGCUCCCAUGAUCCACAAGUCCAAGGACGGCAAAUUCGUUCAAACGCACGGCAUGCACGUCGUGCAGUCCACCGACAAAGAACGCAAGGACGCGCCCCGGGCUCUUUGCUUCGGGCGUUCCCGCCGCUACCUGGCUUCCUCGAUGCCCAUCCCCGACGGCAUCAACGAGGCAGAUUAUGUCGGUGCUAUGACCGAACGGGCCCUGGAGCUGGUCAAAAAUCGUCUUCAAGACGGAGGAACCCUCUUCCUCACCGAAAUCGACGGCGAAGGCCCCUUCGGCGAAAUGAACGGCUAUGUCUUCCCAGGCGACACUCACCCUUGGCGCGUUUACACCGUGAACAAGAUCACCUAUCGCCACGAUCUCAUUCUCCCGAUAUCUGCCUGCGGCAGUCUCACGAAUGAAACUCACAUCAUGAUCGGCGCCCUCGCCGCGGCCGCAAUCCGCAAAGUCUGCCAACUAACCGGUCUGUCCACCACAGAUACCGUCGGAAUAUGCCACUGGUGCGGACUGGGAAGCUGCGGAUUUCAAAAUCUCUUAUCCCCAGAAGGUGAAGGGUAA